AUCAAUCAAAAAGCAAGCAAGAAAAGUCGCCACGAAGGCACCAACGAUGAAACCACGAAGCAAAAAAAGCGCGGCUUUGAUGGAUCCAGCGACGACGAUGGCCCGGCCGCGCCAGAAGUCGCGGCAGUCCGGCUCUGGCCUGGCUCGUCCGCGCAAGAAGUCGCGGCAGUCCGGCUCUGCUCGUGUUGGGCAACCGAAACAGAGGGAUGCACUCAAGGAGCAGAUGUUACCUGCUAGAGGAUAUGAGUUGCCGGUGACCAAAAACCCGUCGGUGCAGUUCGAUGUAGUAGGGCCGACGGGGCAUCCUGGCUCCAGCAGCCUGGCAGCGCUCGCCGUCGGGCUCGCGAGGCGCCUUGCCGAUGGGAGCGCGGACGACAACCUAGUCUUCUCGCCGCUGUCCAUCUACACCGCUCUGGCGCUCCUGGCCGCGGGCGCCCGGGAUGCCACACUGGACGAGAUCCUCGGCGUGCUCGGCGCACGGUCGCGCAGCGAGCUCGAGAACUUCGUGUCACACAUGGCGGCGGACGCACUCCAAGACAGGUCCGCCUCGGGCGGCCCCUGCAUAGCAUUCGCGUGUGGCAUCUGGAGCGACCUGACGCGGCGUCUGAAGCCGGCCUUCCGUGAGGCCGUCGUGGGCACGUACAAGGCCGAGGCCAGCACCGUCGACUUCCGCGGCGCUCCGGAGGCGGCACGGAAGCAGAUCAACGCGUGGGCGGCUCAGGUGACGAGGAACCUCAUCGACUCGGUCCUCCCGGCGGGGUCGAUAAGCCGGGCGACCCAGGUCGUGCUCGGCAACGCCAUGUACUUCAAGGGCAAGUGGCAGGACCAGCCGUUCGACAAGAGGUACACCGCACACAAGCCCUUCCACCGGCUCGACCACAGCCAGGUCGACGUGCCCUUCAUGCAGAGCUGGAAGUCACAGUUCGUCGCCGUGCACGACGGGUUCAAGGUACUCAUGCUCCAGUACAAGAUGGCGGCGCCAAAUUACCAGGAACAGGCGCCCUCUAACUCUGAUCGUCGCGGGUAUACGCAGUUCUCGAUGUGCAUCUUCCUCCCGGACGCCCACGAUGGCCUGCUGGGGCUUCUGGACACGAUAGCGUCCCGGCAUGGGUUCCUGCAGGACCACCUGCCGCGGCAGCGGAUCGCCCUCGGCGAGUUUCGGGUGCCAAAGUUCAAGCUGUCCUUCCACAGCAGCGUCGUCGCCAUCCUCAAGAAGCUGGGGCUCGCGCUGCCAUUCUGCCUGGAAGGCGACCUAUCUGACAUGGUGGAGGACGACGGCUCUGGCUUGCCGAUUGUAGUGGAGGAUGUCAUCCACAAGGCCGUCGUCGAGGUAAAUGAGGAAGGUACUGAAGCCGCCGCCGCUACUAUGGUCAGGAAGGGUAUUGGAUGCGCACCAAGGGGGAGGAGGCCGCCGCCUCCAGAAGUGGAUUUCAUUGCCGAUCAUCCGUUUGCUUACUACAUGGUGGAGGAGGCGACCGGCGCAGUUGUCUUUGCGGGGCAUGUCCUCGACCCCUCCAAGGAGUAAUAAAUAGCUAGCUGUUGGGUUCAACGAAUACAUUCUAUUUUCCUAAUUUUGAUUUCAGAACUGCUUUUUAUACGAGCGCUACUUGUGCUAUGAUGAAUUUAUACGGAUGAAUAUUUAUCACCUCA